AUGUCGGACACUACCGGCGACCCUUCCUUGCUCAGUCAACUGCAAGGAAGCAAAGCAGUGGUGAAGCGAAGGCGUAGCAUGGGCACCAAGUCGUCCACUGCGUUCUCGCCUGUGAAGCGACGCUCUCCGAAGUCAAGCGCCACCGGUGCAACUGCUGCCGCCUCCACCGCCGCACCGGCACCCCCCGUUUUGGCGUUUCGGAAGUACAAGACGACAAAAACGACUGCAAGGGACGCGGACGGCAACACCGCGCCCAACGAAAAUGGUGGUCACGGCGACGACCACAGGCCUCUGGAAGCGUCACCCGGCGAUCUGCAGAAUUUUACCACGUCUCUAGAGCGCAAAUCUCUGACCGCGAUCAACAGAAGUGCCGAGUUGCCAUGCGUCUUAGGCACCGACUCGCCGUCUGCUGCACAGGCUUCCAGUCCUCACGAGGACUCACAUGGGUGCCAGGACAGCGCAUCGAUAAAAGAACCGCUGACGGGCGCUUCAGUGAGUACUUCGUGCGAAGCGCUGUCGUCUGGUGCGAAUGAGGGAGCCAAUGUGGUCAACACGGACGCUCUGCAGCCGUUGAGGAGGCCAAGUCGAGCUGCUGAGAACGGGUCUCCUGAAUCCGACACGGCAGCUGCAGAGGAGUCACUCUGUAGCCAAACCGGCGGUGGUGCAUUCAAAAAUGCUGACACUACAAAGCACAGAGCCGGAGACGGGUCCCUUCGCCUUUGCUCAUCCAAUGCCGCGACGCAGAAAACGACGUCGCCCCCACGUGCGCGUCUGAACCAACCUUCAAAAGACAUCUGCCCUUCUAGCCCCUCCACAGCGGAAGGGAUCUCUCCCCCGAAUGUCUCAGAGAAUUUGGACGGCACCAUCAAACCCACAGCGAUGAUCGAGAAUGCCGACUCAAGCAAUGUGCUUGUCUCUCGUCCACUAUCUGCUUCUCACAGCCUCAGUAAAGGAUCUGCUGACGAUGCAACAUCCAUCGCCAGUGCGGGACAGGCCGUGCAAGGGCGGGAUGAGGCAGGUGCGGCAAGAGUGUUGUUGGUGGUGCCGGAGCUGUCUCCCAGAAACGGGUCUAGCCCACCUCAUCAAAGCCUCUCGCACGUUGACGGGCCCCCUCCCCUGCAGUCACGGGCGGGCGUGACGGCUAUGGGAGAGAGGAACAACACGGAUAGCAUCGACUCCUUUUCCGACAAAGGAUCUUUGGCCUCACGCACACUGGGCCUCAAGCCUCAAGCUCCGCCAGUGCAACCGUCAGAAUCUGCAGAGGCCAACAAGUCGUCGUUGUCGACGUCAAACCGUAGCUUUUCAUUUGUCAGUGCGAAGGCGGUGUCAGCGCUCUCCAUCUCUCGACUGCACGCCGCGCCGAUUCCACUGCGCAAUUUCGGCGCGACGUGCUAUCUGAACGCGGUCGUGCAGUGCCUGCUAUGUACACCUGACCUGCUGCACACGCUGAACAAUGACCGUAAACGGAUCGUGCGCGAAUGGGAGAGGAGCUACCGCUCCGAGGGGAAGCGAAAGUCAGACGACGCCCAACGGCGCAGCUGUGCUGAGCGCAAGGCCCCGGCGACGUCUUCGCUGAUUGAUUUGGGGACCGCACACCCCGUGCACCACAUCCCGGUUCCGCAGCUUCUUCUCAGCCUCAAGGCGGCUUGUGCGGAGUGUAACAAGGAGUUUUCGUCUAAUGGGCAGAAAGACGCGCAUGAGUUUCUCAUCACACUGUUGGGGGUGAUCGACAAAGAGGUUAGCCGCAGCAAGUCAGACAGCCAGGAAACCUUCAAAGACUUCGAAGAUGAGAAAAAGAGUGAUGCGUACGCGCGAUGGGUGAGCUGGAUGCAGCAGGAGAGCAACUCGACCGUGUACGACGUUUUUGGCGGAAUCACCGGCUGCACCGUCAAGUGCUCUAGCUGUGAACUGACCUCCUACCGCUUUGAAGUGCUGCUGCACAUCUCCUUGCCCAUAUCUUACCGUUCCCGCUCUCAGGGCGGCAGAACCGCCAUCCAGUUGUCCAAUAGAGGGCUCGACGACCAGGAGGAGCCUAAACAGGUUGCUGCCGUUGACGAGCUGCUGCGCGAGAUGUUCUUUAGCAAGCGUGGGGAGUCCCUGAAUGGUCCGAUGCAAUUGAGGUGCGACCGUUGCAAGCAGCGGCGGGACAAGAGUCUAUGGUAUUCGAUGGAGUACUGGUCGCCGAUCCUGGUGCUUCAUUUGAAGCGCUUCAACAACGCGGGCGUCAAGAAUGAGGCGGCGGUAGUGUUUCCGUACACGUUUCACCCGCACCGGUAUGUCAAGUAUCAGCUGUACGGCGUCUGCUGCCACCGCGGCACUUCCUCCUCCGGGCACUAUACGGCGUACACCUACGUGGAGGAGGAGGACAAGAAAGCCGUAGUGCGCAAAAAAGCCCUCGCUGUUGCGGCUGUCUCCAAUUCCUACCAGUCCGCGCUGAAAGGUGCGCGAUGCGACCGCAUCGUCAGCCCCCUGACACUUCUGGGCGGAGGUGACACCGGUAUCUUCGCCUGGUCCAACGGCGUCAGCGUACGAAACGGCGGCAGUAUGGUUCGGGCUGGUAGUGAUACAUUCAGCCAAAAGGGAAACGGAAGGGCUGAUGGAAAAGAUCAGGCGCGUUCGGCAGGGAAGACGGCGAAGGCUGGCAAAUGGUAUCUGUGCAACGACAAAAACAUCACCGAGGUGACGGCGCCGGACGUGCUGUCGAUGACGAAGGAGGCAUACAUCCUUUUUUACCGGCGCGUUGAUGAUGAGGAUGUGACGAUCAUCUGA